GCGCGGGAUUCAAGUCUGUACAGCGUAUAGGCCAUUUAAAUGCAUUGUCAAUAUAAAUACUCACUUUAUCUCUUAUCUGUACGUCUUUCCAUUUGACUGUAACUGCUAAGCUGGAUUUAGAAAUACACCUAGUCGACAAACGAUUACUAACUUAUCAAUCAAUGAUCCAAACCAAAAGUAGGUAGAUUGACACCCGGAAGAAAUAUAGCGAGAUGGAUUGUAAAUAAUCCAGGUGAUACCGAUUACCAUGGACACUGGUUCAGACUUUCUGGGUACAGUCAACACUUCUGUGAGUGAUGGUUCAGACUUUCUGGAAUAUCUACCCGCCAAUGACAUCACACAUCUCUCAGUCGUUAACGAUGAUUACAACAGAUUCAUAGAUGACUCCAAUAUAGAAGCAAGUGCCAUUGUGUGCAUUGAAGAUGAUAGAUUGGUAUGCUAUGACCGAGGCUCAGAAAGCCUAAGGCUACUGAGUGCGGAUCUCUCAGUCCAGAGCCGUAUUAACGUUGGUGUUCGUUGCACUGCUAUGGCGUAUAUGAAGGACAAUGAGGUUGCACUUUCGUCAAAGGGGAGAAUCAUGACUUAUAAAAUUGCAGGCACUGAAUUCAUUAAACAGGAGCGGGAGUGGAACAUCGACGGCUUCAUUACCGCCAUGUCGUUCUCUUCCCACAAAUUAGCCAUUUUCUUCACUACGAGAAACCCAGCAGGACAACUCCGUAUAAAACUAAUAGACACGGAGCACCAUACGUCAGAAGUACUCAAUCAAACCUUCCACGAUAUAGAGGACUACCACUUCAACUCAUUCCGCCUUCUCUUAACUAACGUAGGCGUGGUACUAUGUGAUCUAAAUGAUCACGUGGUGUGUAUCAACCAAUCUGACGGCUCCAUUAUUUGGAAUCAACCAGUAGAAAAGCCUAGUAGCGUUCUCCUAAUUUCGCAUCCAUCGGAAUGCUUGUUGGUGAUUGGUCCUCACCAUGGUAACAUUACCGUACUUAAUGCAAGGACGGGAAAGCGUUUAACUUCGGUAACGGGAGAGAUGAGUAUCAAAGGGCGAAAUGUUGUGGCUGUCCAAACCACGAUGAACAGUAUGGUCACAGUGGAGAAUAAAAACAGUGUUUGUCUACUCAGGAAAGUUAGUCUCCAACUAACUUAGCUACUCUGUGUUUUACAUGUACUUUUUACACAAUGUAUACUGUUAUUAUGAAAGUUGUACAAUUUUUGUGGCUUUAAGAACUGAAAAUGUCAUCUAUACCUUCAAUUAAAGAUUGUCUCUAUUACUUUGAAAAUGAAAAUUUCAUGAUAUUAAAAUCGCCAAUAAUUAAAAAUAUGCUAUGAUAUUCA